GGACGGAAGAGAGCGGAAAGUCCUCGGCCAUAACAGGGGGGUCCUCUGCCCACAAACCGUGGAGCCAUGUCAUCGAAAUUCAAGAAGGACAAGGAGAUCAUAGCGGAGUACGAGACCCAAGUGAAAGAGAUCCGUAACCAGCUGGUGGAGCAGUUCAAAUGCUUGGAGCAGCAGUCCGAGUCCCGGAUCCAGCUGCUGCAGGAUCUGCAGGAAUUCUUCCGCCGCAAAGCUGAGAUCGAGCUGGAAUACUCCCGCAGCCUGGAGAAGCUGGCUGAGAGGUUCUCCUCCAAGAUCCGCAGCUCCAGAGAGCACCAGCAGUUCAAGAAGGACCAGCACCUGCUGUCCACGGUGAACUGCUGGUACCUGCUGCUGAACCAGACGAGGCGCGAGAGCCGAGACCACGCCACCCUCAGCGACAUCUACACCAACAACGUCAUCGUGCGUUUGGCCCAGAUCGGCGAGGACGUCAUCCGCCUCUUUAAGAAGAGUAAGGACAUUGGGAUCCAGAUGCACGAGGAGCUGGUGAAGGUGACAAAUGAACUCUACACUGUGAUGAAAACAUACCACAUGUAUCACACUGAGAGCAUCAGCGCAGAGAGCAAGCUGAAAGACGCCGAAAAGCAGGAGGAGAAGCAGUUCAGCAAAUCCGGAGAUCUCAACGUCAAUCUUCUCCGCCACGAAGACCGCCAACCGAGACGGAGCACCGCCAGGAAGAUAGAGAAGAUGAAAGAGAAGAGGCAAGCCAAGUAUUCAGAGAAUAAGCUGAAAUGCACAAAAGCCCGGAACGACUAUUUGUUGAACCUGGCAGCAACAAAUGCCGUGGUGGCAAAAUAUUACAUCCACGACGUCUCUGAUAUGAUCGAUUGCUGUGAUCUGGGCUAUCAUGCCAGCUUGGCACGCACUUUCAGGACCUAUCUGUCUGCAGAGUACAACCUAGAGACAUCACGCCACGAGGGACUGGACAUCAUCGAGAACGCGGUUGACAACCUGGACUCCCGCAGCGACAAGCACAAGAUCAUGGAUAUGUAUAACCAGGUGUUCUGCCCUCCGAUGCGAUUUGAAUACCUGCCCCACAUGGGAGAUGAGGUGUGCCAGGUCAGCGCACAGCAGCCGGUUCAGACCGAACUCCUGAUGCGAUACCACCAGCUACAGUCUCGCUUAGCAACCCUGAAGAUUGAGAACGAGGAGGUGAGGAAGACGUUGGAUGCCACCAUGCAAACUCUGCAGGACAUGCUGACAGUGGAGGACUUCGAUGUGUCAGACGCCUUUCAACAUAGUCGCUCCACCGAGUCCAUCAAGUCUGUGGCCUCCGAGUCGUACAUGAGCAAGCUGAACAUAGCGAAGAGGAGGUCCAACCAGCAGGAGACGGAGAUGUUCUACUUUUCAAAAUUCAAGGAGUAUUUGAAUGGCAGUAAUCUCAUCAUUAAACUCCAGGCCAAACAUGACUUACUGAAACAAACGCUGGGAGAAGGGGAAAGAGCUGAGUGUGGAACCACAAGACCCCCCACUCUACCCCCUAAACCACAGAAAAUGCGGAAACCUAGGCCGUGCUCCACGAAUAACCAUAAACUGUUUAAUGGCAAUAUGGAGACCUUCAUCGAGGAUUCUGGUCAACCGAUUCCCCUGGUGGUUGAAAGCUGUAUCAGAUAUAUUAAUCUAUACGGGUUGCAGCAGCAGGGCAUUUUCCGCGUGCCAGGAUCGCAGGUGGAGGUCAACGACAUUAAGAACUCAUUCGAGAGAGGUGAAGAUCCACUGAUUGAUGACCAAAAUGAGCAGGAUAUAAACUCCGUGGCGGGGGUGCUGAAGCUGUACUUCAGAGGGCUGGAGAACCCUCUCUUCCCAAAGGAGCGCUUCUUGGAUUUGAUCUCCACCAUCAAGUUGGAGUCGGGGGCUGAGAGAGCGCACUACAUCCAGCAGAUCAUCGCCGCUCUUCCUCGGACGGUCAUCAUCGUCAUGAGAUACCUCUUCGCCUUCCUCAACCAUCUCUCCCAGUACAGCGACGAGAACAUGAUGGAUCCUUAUAACUUGGCCAUCUGCUUCGGGCCGACCUUGAUGCCCAUACCUGACGGUCAGGACCCGGUGACCUGCCAGGCGCAUGUCAACGAGGUCAUAAAGACCAUCAUCAUCCAUCAUGAAGUCAUCUUCCCAAACCAGCGCGAGCUGGACGGGCCGGUGUACGAGAAAUGCAUGACCGGCGGCGAGGAAUACUGUGACAGCCCCCACAGUGAACCGGGAACCUUCGAUGAGGCAGAUAACGGGACAGAGCCGCACACUAGUGAUGAAGAGGUCGAGCAGAUUGAAGCCAUCGCUAAGUUUGACUACGUGGGCCGUAGCCUCAGGGAGCUGUCGUUCAAGAAGGGGGCGUCGCUGCUUCUGUACCACAGGGCGUCGGAGGACUGGUGGGAAGGUCGCCAUAACGGCGUGGACGGCUUGAUCCCCCAUCAGUAUAUCGUUGUGCAAGAUUUGGACGAUGCUUUCUCAGAUAACCUCAGCCAGAAGGCGGACAGUGAAGCCAGCAGUGGACCUCUGCUGGAGGAAAGGUCUUCAUCCAAAAAUGACCUGACAUCUCCGUGUGAGCAAUCCCCAGAUUACAGCUUUGGAGGAGGCAUGGGAAGCAGAGUCAGGUUGCGAUCCGAUGGCGCUGCAAUCCCUCGCCGACAGAGCGGUCCAGAAACCCAAAGCCCCACCAGAGCGGCUGACCCCCCCCCGCGGGCUGCAGCCUGCCCCAGCAGCCCGCACAAGAUGUCCAUCAGCAAGGCUCGUGUGGAGAGUCCGGAGAAAAGGCGCCUCGGUACCUUCGGUAGUGCGGGCAGUAUCAACUACCCAGACAGAAAGGCGUAUCCCGAGGGUCACCCGCUGAGACCGGCGUCGGGGGCCACGCGCCACAGCAGCCUCGGGGAUCACAAGACUCUGGAGACUGAGGCGCUGGCUGAGGACAUAGAGAAGACCAUGACCACAGCUCUCCACGAGCUCCGUGAACUGGAGCGGCAGAACACGGUCAAACAGGCCCCCGAUGUGGUGCUGGACACUUUAGAGCCGAUGAAGAACCCGGUGGGCUCGGAGCCGGGCAGCCCGCUUCACACCAUCAUGAUCCGUGACCCGGACGCAGCCAUGCGCCGCAGCAGCAGCUCCACGUCCGAGAUGAUGACCACCUUCAAGCCCGCUCUGUCUGCUCGCUUGGCCGGAGCUCAGCUCCGCCCCCCGCCCAUGAGGCCCAUGCGGCCCCCUCCCACGCAGCACCGCUCCAGCAGCUCCAGCUCCUCCGGGGUCGGUAGCCCCGCUGUAACUCCCACCGAGAAAAUGUUUCCCAAUAACAGCACGGCUUCAGGGUCCAAUGUCUCCAGCGAUAGUGGAGACAAAACAGGUACUAUGUAACGGGGGGGGAGGGGGGGGGUCUCGUGAAGCUUUGGAAACCGGAGGGACUCUCAUGGAAGCAAAUAGUGUUGUCUGUGAGAAGUUUUAGACUUGUAAACCUCAGCGCUCUUUGAAACUUGACAGUAAAUGUGUACAAACAAAGUAGUUAUACCUCAGUUCCAGCAGAAACCUGUGGCCAUUUCUCACUUCAGAGGCACAUUUAAUGCGAGUCCAGCAAUACUUGUGGGAAUUUGGGUCUUCGGAGUUCGUCCGUUUUGUCCGUUGAUGUGUGAAGACUCCUCAUUCUGGAUGGUUUGAUCGUUCAGACAAAAACAUCUGGAUGUAGGAGGUAUGGAGGACGUAUUUUCUGGACUAUAAGUCACGUUUUUUUUGAUAGAUUGGCCAGAGGUGCGACUUAUUCUCAGGAGUGGCUUAUUUGUGAUUAUUCGUUACUUUCCCACCAGCAACUAGCUAGCUUUUAACAAUUGUUUGCCACUAACAACCACUAGAGGGCGCCGUAGGUUUGUGUGUCAAUAUUUGCUGCUGACAGAAAUGCAGAAGAAGAAGAGGUGCCGUCCAAAACAAACAUGGCUGAUCGUUUUCCUCAUGAACGUUAGGAUUUUUUCUUAUUUGCUUCAAGACAUUUUUAUUAUUGUUUUUAUUUUUCUCUACUUGGACAGAGCCAUCAAACAGGGUUACAAACGGACAGAAAAACAGCUGAAAACAGUCAUUCAGAUGAAGCUCCUGCAGGCUACAAGCUAACGAUCUCUGUAAGAAAAAGACAAAGACUGAAAAACCUGGACACGGAGAUCAUAGAUGCUUUUGUAGAACUCUUCAAAAUAAAUAAACGUAAUCUCUCAACAUCAUCCGCAUCUUCCGUGAAUUUUAAACGAGAUAUAAAGUCAAAACCUCCAUCAUGUAGUGGUGAGGCUAAAAGACAGCCUCUCCACACGCAAUGGGAGCGUCUAGUUUAUGAGCACAUUUUGGACAAGCUUUGAGCAAAGGGCUUGGGAUUGAUUAGAAUUACCAGAAUCAAUUCGAUUACGAUUUUUUUCAAUUCUUCAAUUAUAUUCAAUUUGGAGUUUACACAUUUAUACACAUUUGUUUAGAAAUCCAUUAAUCAUCUAAUAUAUGUUUUGAAUAUAUCUAUAUUAAUCUGAUCCA